UACUGACCUUUUGGUUAGCAUCUGAACUCUUAACCACUAAGCCACCACGGUUUCCUUGAUAGGGGUAGUAAUAAUAUUCCUCACAGGAUUGUUAGGAUUAAAUGGGAUAAAGAAGGUUAAAGUGCUAAACAGAGUUUUGAUCGUUACUGCUUGUCACAUAUUUUAUAUUUUUUCUUAUUUUGUAUAUUUCUCAUAAUAUUUCUUGUCCAGAGGGAAGGAGAGACCUCACUGUUCAAAAGUCUUCUUUCAAGGGAUACGUGAGUUGUCCCUUUUUAAAGAAGAUACGUUGUCAGAAUCCUACAGGAGACGGGUGAAAGAGGUGAAAUCAGAUUGGUUGUGAAUUGAUAGUUUGAAAGCUGGGCAUGGGUACAUCUUAAAGAGUUCCUUCCGUUAUUCUGUCUACUUUCAUAUAUGUUUGAGAUUUCCCAUAAUGUGGUUUUUUUUAAAUGAUAAAUUAAAACAUGGGUUCUUUACUAAAAAGAGUUUCAUAGCAGGAUUUCCUUAGCCUUUAAUAAACUGACAAUUUCAUUUCUUUAAGGCCUUCCUAGCGUGGACACUGUGGCAGCCUUCUAAUGGGGUCCAUGCCUGCAGUUUCAGCAUUCUCCAUUCUGUUCUCCACCUGCAGUUCGAGUGACCCUCCCGAAGAAGGCCUGAGAGAGGGUAUUUUAUGCAUGGUGUGUGUCGGGAAGGAAACCAGUGCCUGUUCUCACAUGACUUGGCGAACAGCAAGCCCUCCACCAUCUGCAAAUACUAUCAGAAGGGUUACUGCGCCUAUGGAACUCGUUGCAGAUAUGAUCACACAAGACCCUCUGCUGCAGUGGGUGGUGCUGCGGGCACCGUCCCCCACGGUGUGCCCUCCCCGGGUUUCCACAGUUCUCACUCUCCUUCUGAACUCUCUGCAUCUAUUAUGAAAACUAGCUUACACGAGCCUGGGAAACGUGAAAAGAGAACAUUGGUGCUUAGAGACCGAAAUCUCUGUGGCCUGGCUGAGGACAAGGCUCUGCCUUGUGUGGUGAGUAACCCAGGGGGCUGCAGCGACCCCCAGAACAGCCUGGAGAUGAAGCCGCACUCCUACCUGGAAGCAAUCAGGAGUGGCCUUGAUGACUUAGAAGCCAGCAGCUCCUAUACCAGCGAGCAGCAGCUGUGCCCCUAUGCCGCUGCUGGGGAAUGUCACUUUGGAGAUGCUUGUGUCUACCUGCAUGGGGAGGUGUGUGAGAUCUGCAGGUUACAAGUCCUGCACCCCUUCGAUCCGGAGCAAAGAAAAGCACAUGAGAAGAUUUGCAUGUCAACCUUUGAACACGAGAUGGAAAAGGCCUUUGCCCUCCAGGCAAGUCAGGACAAAGUGUGCAGCAUCUGCAUGGAAGUGAUCCUUGAGAAGGCAUCUGCUUCCGAGAGGAGAUUCGGGAUUCUCUCCAACUGCAAUCACACGUACUGCUUGUCCUGCAUCCGGCAGUGGAGGUGUGCCAAGCAGUUUGAGAACCCAAUCAUCAAGUCUUGUCCAGAAUGCCGUGUGAUAUCAGAAUUUGUCAUUCCAAGUGUAUACUGGGUAGAAGAUCAGAAUAAAAAGAAUGAGUUGAUUGAAGCUUUCAAACAGGGAAUGGGGAAAAAGGCCUGUAAGUACUUUGAGCAAGGCAAGGGGACCUGCCCAUUUGGAAGCAAAUGCCUUUACCGCCAUGCUUACCCUGAUGGGCGGCUUGCAGAGCCCGAGAAACCCCGGAAACAGCUCAGUUCUGAAGGCACCGUGAGGUUCUUUAACUCUGUGCGGCUCUGGGAUUUCAUCGAGAACAGAGAAAGCCAGCACAUCCCCAACACUGAAGACGUCGACAUGACCGAGCUUGGGGACCUCUUCAUGCACCUUUCGGGAGUCGAGUCUUCAGAUCCCUGAAGAGUAGACGGUCGCCCCUGCACCUUGGGCUCAGCUGGUCGAGCCUCCCAAGCUAGGGCGUGCAGCUCCCUGUCUGCUGCGCUAGGUGGCGUGUCACUCUGGUUUGAGUGGCGUUGUUCUUAGCCUUGGUCUCAUCCACUCUCCAUGAUUACGGCCACGGGAACAGUGAAGGAUAUAAAAUAACCUGUCUAGUAUAUGGCCUGGUCAUUCUUACAAUUGGUAUGUUAGCUGCACUUCAAGCUCCUUAGGGGAAACAGCUAACCACUCAAACCGAGUUCUGACCGAUUGCUUUUACAACAAACCUGGUUCCUGUUUCUCCCCAGAAGCAGUAAACUUGCAGUUGCUCCUUAACGCAGCAGAUUCCUUUUUCUUACCAAAGGAUUCUGCUUCAUCCUGUAAAAGGAUUCCUCUGUAGUGACUUUCCUUAGUGUAUUUAAUUUCCUUAGUGUAUUUAAAUAGUGUGUGGUCAAAACUUUGACUUAAACAGGACUUCUCAAGCACAUUUUCUGUAAAGUGGGCUCUUCACAGCUAUAGUAUAAAAUUUUAGCACUCAAAGGCUCUUCACCUUAAGUAUGAUCAUCAUUCUUUUGAGUUCUCUGAAGUAUCCAAAAGGAGUUGCUUCUUUUUCAGGGAAAAGCGUUUCCAAUUACCAUGAAACUAGAAUUUUGUAUUUUGGCAAACAUGGAAAAUGAAAGAGGCCAUGUUUACCGAAAGAGCAGUAACCUUGUUGCCAUGUGUUCAGUAAACAAAGAAGUUCAAGUAUAAAUCUUUUUCCCUGUAAGGGAGGCUCUUGAAGUACGCAAGGCAGUCCUGGGAAGCAGAUUGGAAGUAUAGCCCUCUCACUGCUGGGCCUGGGCCCAAAGAACCCCUGCACACAUCCCUCCAGAGAAAACAACCCUGGCUCUCACCUGGGAGCUCUUUGGACAUAGGCCUGUCAUAUGGGGUUAAUAGUCAAGCAUUUAUUCUUACCUGUAAAGCGUGGCUUUGAUUUGAAAUUUUGUAACUUGAUGGACCCCAAGGAGGUUUCUGGUUCUGCACCCAGCAAGUGUCCUGAAAGAAGUGAGCUCAAAUCUUCAAUUGUGAUUUUAAUUGAAGGACGAGUGUAAUCUUGGAAUUUGUCUAUUUUUUUUAACAAGCUGUAGAUAACAAAUGUUUUAUAAAUGUAGGUAGAAAAGGUCUGCUUUUACCUUUGAGUUUAGAGCUUUUACCUUUGAGUUUAGAGUGCCUUUUGUUUAAGAAGACAAAGGCUGAAGUAAAAUUCACUCCAAGCCUGUGCUCUGGGCUCACUUCCUGCUUCUUGUAUUCUUCUCCAGAAGAGAGUACUGAUUUAUAACCCACCCCUAAGGGCCUGAACAAGUGGAGUGUCAAGCUG